CGCCACUCAUGAAAGCAUUGUAACUCAGGUGGUAUUCAAUUUCAGUCUAGAAGUCGUGUCUCUCCAAUAUCUACGAAAACUCUUCCACUAGCUCUUCAAUCCCUAGUCACAAUGGCCAAAGACAAAAAGGCCAAAGCCGCCGAGAAAAAGGUCCGCGUAGCCCAAAAGCAAGAAAAGAAAGCCACCAAAAAGGAGAAGAAAGUGAAGACCAAAGGCAAACCCGAUGACAGCGAUGCCGAAGACGUAGAUCUCGAUGCUGUGCUCGCCGAAUUUGCCCGCAAGCAAGAACAGUUUCUCAAAGUCACAGAAGUCCCGUGCGAGCCUCCCUCGCCACGAACCUCUUCAACCUUCAUCGCCAACCCCGCAAGUGACAAUGAGCUCUUCCUCUUCGGCGGCGAGUAUUAUAACGGUGCCACCGCAUCCUUCUACAACGACCUCUUCAUCUACAACAUUUCUAAAGACUCGUGGCGCCUCGUGACCUCUCCUAACUCGCCGCUCCCACGAUCCGGCCACGCCUGGUGCCGCGGCGGCAACACGAAAGACAUUUACCUCUUCGGAGGGGAGUUUUCGUCCCCGAAACAAGGGACGUUCUACCAUUACAACGACUUCUGGCGUUUCGAGCCCAGUGCCCGCGAAUGGACACGUGUAGAGUCAAAAGGCAAAAACGCCGCUCCACCUGCACGUAGCGGCCACCGCAUGACCUACUGGAAGAACUACAUUCUCCUCUGGGGUGGCUUUCAGGAUACCUCUGCAACGACGAAGUACCUUGCUGAUCUGUGGGUUUACGACUGCACGAACUUCACCUGGCACAGUCCUGUGCUGCCGCCCGCGAGCGCAAAGCCAGACGCACGGAGCAGUUUCUCUUUUCUCCCGCACGAAAAAGGGGCGGUGUUGUACGGAGGCUACUCUCGCGUGAAGGCGACUGCAGGCGGGAAGCAGUCAUCUAAAGGCGGAGGCGGCGGGGGUGGAACCCGCGUGGUGUUGAAACCGGUGGUCCAUCAAGAUACCUGGUUCCUCCGCAUUGUACCGCCCCCUACAGACGCCCCAUCAACGACGCUUCCCAAGUUCCACUGGGAGCGUAGGAAGAAACCCGCGAAUCUGCCAAACCCGGCACGGGCGGGUGCUACGAUGGCGUUCCAUAAAGGGCGUGGAAUCUUGUUUGGGGGCGUACAUGAUGUAGAGGAGAGCGAGGAGGGGAUUGAGUCCGAGUUUUUUAACAACCUGUUCGCGUGGAACGUGGAGCGAAAUCGCUUUUUCCCGCUGACGUUGAGGCGGCCGAGGGUUUCGAAGAAGGUAGCUGUAAAUGAGCGGGGGGGGAGGAGGGGCCGGGGUAAAGCAGACGAAGAAGAACUGCUACGAAACCUAGCGGCGCUAGAGGCAACGGGAAAGCUUGAUGGGGGUGAGGGUGUUGUAGAGGUAGCGAAGCUUGAGGAAGAUGAGGAAGAGAAAAGGGAAGAAAAGCCAAAGAUAUUCGAGAUGCCGCAUCCGAGGUUUAAUGCGCAGCUUACAGUGCAAGAUGAUGUACUGUAUAUCUUUGGUGGAACGUUUGACAAGGGAGAUCGCGAGUACACGUUUGAUGAGGUGUGGGCAAUUGAUCUGGGCAAGUUGGAUGGUGUCAAGGAGAUCUACAAGCGUGAGAUUGAGGAUUGGCAGGGUAGUGAAGAUGAGGAUAGUGAGGACGACGAAGACGAUGAGAGUUCCGAUGAGGAGGAUGACCAUUCAGAGACAGCAAGUACUGCAGCUACAUCUGUGUCACAGGGGCCUUCUGCAGCAGAGAAAGACGUUCUGGAGCCGGAAGAAGAAGCUGGGUCGGCAGAAGAGACGUCUGCUCUCACAGAUACGCUACCGCAUCCGCGACCCUUCGAGUCUCUCCGUGAUUUCUACGCUCGAACAUCCAAUCAAUGGCAAGAUAUCGUCAUUGACGAACUCAGCAGGAUUACUGGAGGCCAAGGCAGAUCGGUCAAAGAGCUUAAGACAACAGCGUUCGUUCAUGCAGAAGAGAAAUGGUGGGACUGCCGCGAAGAGAUCCGCGCGCUUGAAGACGAGCAAGAGCAAGCGGGUAUCGGAGAGGUCGUUAGCAUUGCGGAUAAGGCUGCUAAUGGAGGCGGCCCUGGGGCUGUAGGACGGAGGAGAUGAUAGCAUUAGAAUAUGCGUUGGAGGGCGCAAAAGCAAUUUUUUUUUUUAUUAAUGACAUAUCAUCAGCCUUUACUACAUUCAGAC